UGAUCUGAGGGACACUUCCGGUCUUGACGMAAGUACCCGGCAAGGCUGCCGCACGCGUUUUCUGUGGGCCCUCUCCCCAGCAAAACUGGAAUUUAUAAUUGUUCAGCGUAGACAAACACAAUAUCGUUUUCAUAAGACAUAGAUUGAGCUUUUCCAGCAACAAUGUCUCGUUUCUUUGCCACCGGGUCAGACAGCGAGUCUGAGGAGUCCUCAUCUUCCGAUGAGAUCACCCCCAAAGCACCCGGGACUACCUUUAAGCAGUCGUUGCUUCUCAGUGACGAUGAAGAAGACACCAAAAGAGUGGUGCGCAGCGCUAAAGACAAAAGGUUUGAAGAAUUAACUAACUUCAUAAAGACUAUUCGCAAUGCUAUGAAGAUCCGCGAUAUGGCCAAAUGUCUAGAGGAGUUUGAGCAGUUGUGUCGAGCUUUUCUAAAAAGCAAGAACAUAGUGGACAAAGAGGGCGUCCCUUCUUUUUAUGUCCGUCUUCUGGCUGACUUGGAGGACUACCUGAACCAACUUUGGGAAGACAAGGAGGGAAAGAAGAAGAUGAACAAAAACAACGCGAAAGCCCUGAGCACACUGCGCCAGAAGAUCCGCAAGUACAACAGAGACUUCGAAACAGAGAUAGCAUCGUACAAAGAGAACCCACAGGAAUCUGCAGAUGAAGAAGAGGAAGAGAAGGAGGAUGAUGAUGAUUCUGGCGCCUCCUCUGAGAGCGAUGAUGAGACAGGAGAUGAUGGAGUUUCAGCCAAGGCCUUCCUAAAGAAAAAACCUGAAGGUGUGUCAGAAGCCAGCAAGUUCCUCAAGUCUGCGAAAGGAUCAGGGGACGAGUCCACUUCUAGUGAUGAAGAUGAAGAUGAUGAGGACUGGGGCCCCGACACUGAAGAGAGUGGCAGUGAGAGUUCAGAUGAUGAAGAAGGGAAGAGCAAGUCUCUGGCCACAGUUUUCCUCAAGAAGGACAAGGGCGCCGACAGACCCAGUGUUAAGAAGGUCGAUAAGAAGAAGAAAAAGAAAGAACGUCUUGGAGAGUUUCAGGAGGGAGAGGGAGAAGAUGAGCCUGAGGGACGCUGGGAGAAGGUUAAAGGAGGCGUCCCUCUGGUUAAGGAGAAGCCCAAGAUGUUUGCUAAAGGCACAGAGAUCAACACAGCUGUGGUGGUGAAGAAACUGAAUGAAAUCCUGCAGGCAAGAGGCAAAAAGGGGACGGACAGAGCCGCCCAGAUUGAGCUGCUUCAUAUUCUUGCAAACAUCGCUGCUGAGAAUAACUUGGGUCAAGGUAUCCUGGUUAAGAUCAAGUUCAACAUCAUUGCCUCUCUGUAUGACUACAACCCCAACCUGGCAGCCUUUAUGAAGCCUGAUAUGUGGAAGAAGUGCCUCGACUGUAUCGACGAGCUGCUGGACAUUUUGUUUGAGAACAACAACAUCUUCAUCGGGGAGAAUAUCGCAGAGGACAGUGAGAAUCUCGCCAUCUCUGAGCAGCAACCUUUCAGGGUGCGUGGCUGUGUCCUAACCUUGGUGGAGAGGAUGGAUGAAGAGUUUACCAAGAUCAUGCAAAACACUGAUCCUCAUUCUCAAGAGUACGUGGACAAUCUGAAGGACGAAGGUCGGGUUUGUGGCAUCAUCGACCGGCUGCUCUCCUACUUGGAGAACAAAGGUAGCACAGAGGAGAUCUGCCGUGUCUACCUGCGCCGGAUCAUGCACACCUACUACAAGUUUGAUUACAAAGCUCACAGGCGCAGCUUGGGCCUCCAGGGAGAGACCAAGUCGGAGCAGGACCAGGAGGAGAGCGAAGGGGAGGACAGUGCUGUGAUUAUGGACCGUCUCUGCAAGUUCAUAUACGCCAAGGAUCGCACCGACCGUAUCCGUACCUGCGCCAUCCUCUGCCACAUCUACCACCACGCGCUUCAUUCACGCUGGUACCAGGCCCGCGACCUGAUGCUCAUGAGUCACCUGCAGGACAACAUCCAACAUGCUGACCCACCCGUACAGAUUCUGUACAACAGAACCAUGGUCCAGCUUGGCAUUUGCGCUUUCAGACAAGGCAUGAUUAAAGAUGCCCACAACGCACUGUUGGACAUCCAGUCAUCAGGCCGUGCUAAGGAGCUGCUGGGUCAGGGUCUGCUGAUGAGGAACAUGCAGGAGAGGAAUGCUGAGCAGGAGAAGAUCGAGAAGAGAAGACAAGUUCCUUUCCACAUGCACAUCAACUUGGAGCUGCUGGAGUGUGUGUACCUGGUCUCUGCCAUGCUGUUGGAAAUCCCCUACAUGGCUGCCCACGAGUUUGAUGCUCGCCGCAGGAUGAUCAGCAAACAGUUCCACCACCAGCUCAGAGUGGGAGAAAGGCAACCGCUGCUCGGACCCCCAGAGAGCAUGAGAGAGCACGUGGUGGCAGCCAGCAAGGCCAUGAAGAUGGGAGACUGGCGAACCUGCCACUCGUUCAUCAUCAACGAGAAGAUGAACAGCAAAGUGUGGGACCUGUUCCCCGAGACGCAGAGAGUUCGCGAGAUGCUUGUCAGAAAGAUUCAAGAGGAGUCCCUGAGGACGUAUCUGUUCACGUACAGUAGUGUUUAUGACUCCAUCAGCAUGGAGACUCUUUCUGAGAUGUUUGAGCUGGAGAUUGCUACAGUUCACAGCAUUAUCAGCAAGAUGAUCAUCAAUGAAGAACUGAUGGCRUCCCUGGACCAGCCCACACAGACGGUGGUGAUGCACCGCACAGAGCCCACCUCCCUGCAGAAUAUGGCUCUGCAGCUGGCAGAGAAACUGGGCAGCCUGGUGGAGAACAACGAGCGCAUCUUCGACCUCAAGCAGGGCGUCUAUGGAGGCUACUUCAACAGAGACCAGAAAGGCGGCUACCAGCAGAAACAGUCAUACCAGAGAGGUAUGUCAGGCCAAAAUCAGAAAGGCGGCUACCAGCAGAAACAGGGCGGCUACCAGCGAGGCGGCUACAGGAAUCAAAACCAAGGCGGCUACUGAGUUCAAAAAGUGGGGAUUUCAGUUUUUUUCCCCAUAGAUGUGUUCAUUCCAUAAACCAACCUGAGCUCAGCCACAUCCUGUCGAAACUUUUUCCACCCGGUCCUGAAUCUGCUGGACGUUACAACAGCUGCAUAGUUAAAAAGUCCAAGAUUGUCAACUCCUUGUGGCACAACAUGAAGAUUUUUAUCACUUACAUUAGAAAGUAAAGGUGUUACAGUGUGGUUGGCUGCUUUGUCGUCACAGACAUGUCAACUUAAUAUUGAUUUAAAAAAUAAACAGUAAUAAACUUUG